UUAAGCGGUCUACACACCAAAGCCGCUGACCCGGCGGCACGGAUCGCCGGCCCAACCCGCCGGCCUUAUUUUGUACAAUCAUGCCGCCGGCUUGCGCCCGCGCGGGCAAGCCGGCGGGGCAGCAUGCCGAUGCCGACGGCAUCCCUCUCCACUCACUCAGUCAGUUGCCCGCCGGCUUUCAUAGAGUAGUGACGUAUCACUUAUUCAUUCUCUGUUGUUGUGAAGUGUCGGCACUUUUAUUUUUAUCAACUAACCAAUAUGGAGUGGGACGAUGCAACAGUUAUAAAACUAAUAGACCUCUAUCAUUUAAAAGAAAUAUUAUGGAACCCAAAAAACCGUGACUACAAAAGCCGGCCAAAGCGUUACGACGCAUUUAAUGAAAUUGCCAGUGAAUUUGCUACUGAUGUUCCGGAAAUCGAGAGAAAGAUAAAAAAUUUAACUAGUCAUUAUUACCGAGAGAAAAAAAAAGAAGAUAAUUCAAAUAAGUCUGGUGCGGGUACUGAUGGUAUUUAUCAUAGUAAAUGGUUUGCCUACAAAUCACUAAAUUUUCUGCGGAACAAAAAUGUGCCUACUGGAACCACCGAUACUGACACACCGUCGACGAGCCACGAUUCACAAUCGAGACGAGAAUCACAAUCAAAUCAAAAUGAUUUACCACAGAUGUCACCAGGAGAUUCACAAUCAAAUCAUAAUGAUUUACCACAGAUGUCGCCAGAAAAUACAACUUGGCAACGAAAUAAACGUCCUAAAAUCAACCCUAAUAAAGAGUUGAUAUCCGAAGCAUUGAAUAUUAUGAAGAAUGUCUCCCAACGACCAAAUGUGACAAAAGAUGAGGAUGGUUUAUUUGGAGAUUAUAUUGCGGGUCAGUUAAGACAAAUGGAUCGACAAAUGAAAGCUAUUGUGAGACAUCGGAUCAACAAUAUAAUAUUUGAAGCCGAAACUGGAUAUAGAUCCGAUACAUUUACGGAUUUUGCAAGACCAAGUAGUGUUUCUAGUUCACACAGUCAUCCAGGAUACUAUACAGCAUCUUCACUACAACAGGCGGUUGUAAGCCCUUCUACAAAUAACUUAACUUCUUCUGAAUACUCUGCCCAAACAAACUCAGAUCCACAAACAAUUCAACCUUCGUCACUAGAAACAUUUGCUGAAGAAUACCUAGCUCUAAAUCCUUCUGAUAGUGUUAUAAAGUAAUCUUCAAAAUAUGUUAUAAAUAUUUAAUUUUCUUUUUGGUAUAAUAAAGGUAGCUAUAGGUAGCCCCAUUAAAGUUAAAUUUAAAAUUAGUGUUGACUAUUCCCUUCACACGAGUAGAGCUUGACAUAUGUGCGUAAGGAAUAGCAAGGUUUUAAUUUUAGUUUAGUGACACUUCUACCAAUAGUUAAUAUCAUGUUAUUGGUUUACAAAAACACAUUUCUUAUUUUGUUUAAAAUUUUAUUAUACG